CUCCUUCCCUCAAACCCCGAUUUUGCGCAGAAGCGAUCCUGUCACAUGUUGCUUUGAUUAGCCAAAAACUGCAUGAUUCAACCGCGCCACCAGAAUAAAGGAAACCAAAAACUCUGCCAGAACAAUGGUAGCCUUUAUUUCCUCCUGGGCCCCUGAGAACAAAGGCUAACAAACUACGCUUCCCAGAAGCCCCCGCUUUCCCAGCCGCCUGCCAUGUCUUCUGGCGAUGCAUGCUGGAGAUUACAGUCCCUGGCUCUGGCGAAUCCAUAGCCGGACGCCUACAGCAAGAACUACUAUUCCCAGCAAGCCAUGCAGCAAGUUUAAGUGAUCCAUAGAUGAGAGAGCAUAUUUUCAAUAUUGUACAAGAAGACUGGAAAGAUUUAACUUCACAGUGCAUGGGUGUUGUGCCAACUUUUGACCAUGGCUCACCUGAGGGAAUUUGGCAAUCAGCACUCUCGGGUUGAUCCAGAGGAGCUGUUCACCAAGCUAGAGAGGAUUGGUAAAGGCUCAUUUGGGGAGGUGUACAAAGGAAUUGACAACCGUACCAAGGAGGUGGUGGCUAUCAAGAUAAUUGACCUGGAGGAGGCAGAGGAUGAGAUUGAAGACAUCCAGCAGGAGAUAACGGUGCUCAGCCAGUGUGACAGCCCCUACAUUACCCGUUACUAUGGUUCCUACCUGAAGGGCACCAAGCUGUGGAUAAUCAUGGAGUACUUGGGGGGUGGCUCAGCACUGGAUCUCCUCAAACCUGGUCCCUUGGAGGAAACCUACAUUGCUACCAUUCUGCGAGAAAUUCUAAAGGGUUUAGACUAUCUUCACUCUGAGAGGAAAAUCCACAGAGACAUCAAAGCUGCCAACGUGUUACUCUCGGAGCAAGGGGAUGUCAAACUUGCAGACUUUGGUGUGGCUGGCCAGCUGACAGACACGCAGAUCAAGAGAAACACCUUUGUGGGAACUCCUUUUUGGAUGGCACCUGAAGUCAUCAAGCAGUCAGCCUAUGACUUCAAGGCAGACAUUUGGUCCCUUGGUAUUACUGCUAUUGAACUGGCAAAGGGAGAGCCUCCAAAUUCUGAUCUGCACCCUAUGAGAGUUCUCUUCUUGAUCCCCAAAAACAACCCUCCAACACUGGAGGGACACCACAGCAAGCCCUUCAAGGAAUUUGUGGAAGCUUGCCUUAACAAAGAUCCCAGAUUUAGGCCCACUGCAAAGGAGUUGCUAAAACACAAAUUCAUCACACGCUACACCAAGAAGACGUCAUUUCUCAUGGAGCUCAUUGACCGGUACAAACACUGGAAGUCAGAGGGGCAUGGUGAGGAUUCCAGCUCAGAUGACUCUGAUAUUGAUGGAGAUACAGAUGAGAGAGAUCAAGGACCCAUCUGGACUUUCCCGCCAACCAUUCGCCCCAAUUCCCUGAACAAGCUGCACAAAGGGAUGCCUCACCAUGGGUCCCAAAAGCCCGUUGAGCCCAUCAAGCGGCAGCCGCGGUCUCAGUGUCUCUCUACUCUCGUACGCCCUGUCUUCGGGGAGCUCAAAGACAAGCACAAGCAAACUGGAGGCAAUGUAGGAGCCAUGGAGGAACUGGAGAACGCCUUUAGCUUAGCCGAGGAGUCUUGUCCAGGGAUCUCUGACAAAUUAAUCGCACAUAUGGUGGCACGAGUGCAAAGGUUCUCACAUAGCAGGAACCACCUGACUUCAGCACGCUGAGGAGUCUGCUCUUUGUUGUGCAUUGAAAGUGUGACUUCCCCCACCCCCAGCUCCAUAAGAACUGCAUCUUGACUCCGCCAUCAUCUGCUGUUGGAUGUUAACAUUGUGUUAUGGAUUCCCUGACAUUUGAGCCUUCAUGUGUGUAUGUCAUGACCCCCCAGGAUGGGAUUUGCAACACAAAUGCAUCAUGGACUUCUUUGCAGAGCCCGAGGAGGGUAGUUUCUACAGUGUACUUCAUGGAGGUUUUUAAUUAUAUCCAGUGUUUCUCAGGUCA